ACCGGAACAUUUUGUCUUGCAUGAGCGACAAGAGUUACAAGAUCCCCGGAGCCUUCUUCUUUCAAGGCCAGCUUCUGUCAAGUCGGUUUGCGCAUGAAGAUCUAUCCUCUUGAGCUUGGGUGCGGGACCCCAGGAAUACCCCCCACAUGACAGGCCUCUACGAGCACAAUUCAUGCAUGAGCGAGGACGUUCAUCGCAUUUUACCUGUAGCGCCUGAUUAGCAAACAUAGUGAUGACUACAGAGUGGUUGUUGCACCCACCUUGCGGGCCCUACAUGUAAUGCAACCUUAAUUCACGCAUCAGUGGAGACCUUUGCGGAGAAUUGGGACAGCUGAAGAACCGGUGUAGAGUAGCUCAACACUCAUGUUCGACUAACCUGACCGAGACCGCUCUCCUUUUUUGGGGUUUACCACAUAGGGCGGACCAGAUUCCGUUUGGAUUAUCUGUUGGAGCCCAUGACCCGCCUGUUCGAUAUUCGAACCGGUUGGAGGAUUCGUAUCGUCUCCCACGGUCAUUGACUCGGGACCCAUGACAGAUGUUAGCUCCAGCACCACCCGAGAGCUUCAAAUCAAAUAUUAGCGGCAGCAGCACUCGGAUUUCUGAAUUUCAGUCCAUCGACACGAGAUGCGAUUGAUAUAGCAAGAAUACACGCAAUUGUUGCUUCCUAUGGCGAUUUAUGAGCACGCAAUGGUUCGGCUAUCGGGUCGAUACCCGGAAGCGAGUUUCUGGUAACGUGUGGGGAAAUUUAUUUGGGAUCCCCUUCGCCAUGUGCUCCGUGCCCCUUCGCCAUGCGCUGCCUGCCUCAAAGGUACAAAAGAGAUGCCAUUGGCCUACCUGUUGUCGGGUUCAAUAUGGAGUGUGUCCUGGGCAGUCCUAGCUGAGACUUCAAUAUUUAACGUGAAUCACACGGCGAUCUUGCCCCCAAGUCAAUCAUGGCGAAGUUCCGACUCAGUAACCUCUAUGUUAUCUCUGCGUUGGCCACCAUCGGUGGUCUAAUUCAGGGGUUUGAUGUGUCGAGCAUGUCUGCAAUUAUUGGAACGGAGAAGUACAAAACGUAUUUCAACCACCCAAAUUCUGUUCUUCAAGGUGGCAUUACAGCUAGCAUGGCUGGUGGCUCCAUGCUUGGCUCCAUGUUCUCUUCGAUCACGAGUGAUCGGAUUGGACGAAGAGACACCAUGUUUAUUGCAUGCUUAGUCUGGCUAGUGGGCUCAUCCGUAAUGGCUGCUGUUCAGAAUGUUGCGAUGCUCAUCGUAGCACGAAUUAUCAAUGGAUUUGCUGUUGGAAUGUUAACAAGUCAAGGUCCAGUCUUUAUUGCUGAAAUAAGCCCUUCAAAUCUGCGGGGCAGACUUAUAUCUCUCCAGCAAUGGAUGAUUACUUGGGGAAUCCUCAUUAUGUACUUCGUAUCAUACGGCACAUCAUUCGUCCAUGGCACGGCUUCUUUCCGCCUGCCUUGGGCACUUCAAAUGAUUCCUGCUCUUGUCCUACUUGUCUUUUUGCCAAUGAUGCCGCGAUCUCCUCGAUGGCUGGCAAGUAAAGACAGGUGGGAAGAGGCCACGGAAGUUCUGGCAAGAUUACAUGCUGGUGGAAAUCAAUUGGAUCCUUUGGUUAUCGCCGAGGUCAACCAAAUCAGAGAGGCUAUCAGGAUGGAAGCCGAGUUCAGUAGCGUCUCCUGGGGUGAGGUGUUCAAACGCCACAAUAUCGUCCGAACGACUUGUGCUAUAUUCUCCCACGUCUGGUCGCAAUACACAGGCACCAAUGCCAUGAUGUUCUACAUCGUAUACAUCUUCCAAAUGGCAGGAUUAACGGGCAACAAUGCCUUAAUCUCAGCUUCCAUCCAGUAUAUAAUCAAUGUCGUCAUGACGCUCCCUGCGCUCUUAUACAUGGAUCGCUGGCCAAGAAGGAAAGUUAUGAUGUCUGGAUCGUUUAUCUUGGCAGUUCUAUUGUUCACAGAAGCUGCAAUCAUGGCUAAAUAUGGAGAACCUGUCCCAGGUGGGUUGAACGGUGUUCCUACCGUAACCUGGGUGGUACGCAAUAAGAAAGCUUCCAGGGCUAUUAUUGCUUGCUCGUACCUAUUCAUCGCCACCUAUGCACCCACGUGGGGCCCUGUGGGCUGGGUCUACCCGCCGGAAAUUAUACCUCUUUAUAUUCGUGGUAAGACCGUGAGUCUUGCAACGUUUUUCAACUGGGCCAUGAACUUCUCUCUCACAUUCUUCACGCCUCCUGCAUUUCAGCACAUCCAGUGGAAGACAUUUCUCAUAUUCGGAACGCUCUGUUGUUGCGCCAUUGUCCAUGUUUUCCUCCUGUUUCCAGAGACAUGCGGCAAAACAUUGGAAGAAAUGGACGAUAUUUUUAAUGAGUCGAUUUGGGCGUUUAAACAAAAAGGCAGCGGCAACAAACUUGAAAGGGAUGUACAAGCCGCCGCGGAGAUGUUAAAGGGAAAGGACUAUGCUAGGAGCCAGGACGCUGUUGAAGCUACUGGUAGCGUGGAUCAGAAGGUUUAAUUAGCUGUAAUAAGGGAGAUGCUGGAAAAAAAUAUAUAGCGCCAGAGUUACAACGUAGGGGGUAAUCAAGGGUACUUUAAUCAAAUAUUGGUAGCUCAAUGUAAACUGAAACGUGGUGUCCAAAUUGUGGUAUCGCUCGUUUCCGUUUUACUUCAGAACUCUUUCUGACAAUCUACCAUAGAGCAACUUGAGCGAGG